AUGCUUCAUCCCCACGUCCUCGCUUCCGGUGAAAGGAGAGCCUUCGCUGCGGAGUUAUUCAUUAUAAAAUGCCAACUGAACAGUUAUACACUAUUGGACAGGGAAGCAAAACUCUCAUAUGCAUCUUGUUUACAAAAGCUGAAUAUCCAUCCCCUUUUUCAACGCGUCUUCCUGAACUUUUCUGGAUAUUCAUUGACAGUUUCUCAAAUCCGAGCAAAUGCUACAAAGCGACUCCACAAAUUCCGUAAUAGAUCUCACUUUUCAAGAGACACAAAGCGGACUUACGAGAAAACAUACUACUCGCAUGCCUCCUCAUCAGUAGUAUCACCGGUACAGUGUUGGUUUACUGUAGAUAUGGGCAAACAAAUGCCGAUGUGUCCUCAGAUUCAUCGCUUACAAGUAGAACGGGAGGAACUGCUUGGAACCGAUGGAAAGUCAUCAUCUCCCUGUUCCGAAAAAUAUUUUAUGGAAGAUGUUGAACAGAGAGCUUUAGCCGGAUUUCCUUACCCACCCAAUAUAUUCUGGCGUUAUGUGAAUGACACUUUCGUCUUGGUGAAACGAAACAAGGUCAGUGAGUUUUUAGAACUAUCUGAAUCUGACCUGAAUCCACACAUCAAACUUAGAAUGGAGAUAGAGUCAACUUCGGGUACGCUGCCCUUCCUACAUCGCAUGACUCAAGAUUGUGGGAAACUUAAGACCGCACACAUCCCGAGUCGGUAUUCGCUAGUAUUGCCUCAAAGUGGAAAGGGGCGAGGUAACUCAAGUGGUUGGAGCGCGAAUUUACUGACCGGAAGGUCCGUGGUUCGAACACGACCCCUGCCUUUCGACUUCCCCUGUCUAGACCAGGGCAACCUGGCAAUAUCCCAGCUUUUAUGCUUCCUUCGGGUGGCAUGGCAGCUAGGCAUCAGAAGGCUGUUACAGCUGAACGAGCGAGUAAGAGCCCUGUGCACAGAAGAAGCUAAUCGAACAGCGGACGAAAUUGAGGUAAUGAACAAACUUCGGGGUUGUGGAUAUCCAGCUAGCUUGAUUAGGCGUCAAUUGCGAAGGGUGUUGUUACCGGUAGAGAAACCCAACAGGGAAUGGAUCAGGACAGCUGUUAUCCCAUAUAAACCAGGGACAUCGGAGGUAAUUCGAAGAAUUAUAGACAUGGCCAACAUUAGUGUAACUUUCCAGAGGGUGGACACUCUGCGCUCUGCAUUGGUGCAAUUGAAGGAUCGCCUUCCGGCAAACAGAACCAAGGACUUUCAGAAAUACCUAGAAAAGUCGGUCAAAACAUGCUUCGUCAUCAUCAUCACCGACAGCAUGACAUCAGUGUUCAACGCCGAUGCUUCACUACCGUACCACCAUGAUUUGUUCGAAAGCCUUAUUGUAAAGAAAAGAACAUUCACUCAGGCAAUCUGGAUAGAAGCUGACAACAAGAAUGCCACUGACAUCGGUUGCCAGCCACAUCUUGUAGUGUCUCCAACCAGGCACAAAAAGUCGGUCAAAACAUGCUUCGUCAUCAUCAUCACCGACAGCAUGACAUCAGUGUUCAACGCCGAUGCUUCACUACCGUACCACCAUGAUUUGUUCGAAAGCCUUAUUGUAAAGAAAAGAGUAAAGACAUUCACUCAGGCAAUCUGGAUAGAAGCUGACAACAAGAAUGCCACUGACAUCGGUUGCCAGCCACAUCUUGUAGUGUCUCCAACCAGGCACAAAAAGUCGGUCAAAACAUGCUUCGUCAUCAUCAUCACCGACAGCAUGACAUCAGUGUUCAACGCCGAUGCUUCACUACCGUACCACCAUGAUUUGUUCGAAAGCCUUAUUGUAAAGAAAAGAGUAAAGACAUUCACUCAGGCAAUCUGGAUAGAAGCUGACAACAAGAAUGCCACUGACAUCGGUUGCCAGCCACAUCUUGUAGUGUCUCCAACCAGGCACAGUGAGGAUCACGCGAUCCCCAUCCUUGAAGGCGAGUGUGUGUCGGCCUGUGGUCUAAUUCCGAACAAGUGCACAAAUGCUGGUCGCCUGAAUGAAAAAACCGCUGUCCACCAGCUCCGUUCGUGGUUGGAGACAGGAACUUUCUGCUGA